AUGAGUGUGUCAGCUCAACCGUUUCCAUCAGAGGUCAAUGAGGUAACUCUCAGCGAAGAACCUGAAUUAUCAGAAGGUGAUCUCACUAAGGAGCUUAUAAUACCAAUGAUAAAAGAUCCGCGUGUUCGAAUACUAGCGAUAAUGAACUUCUUAGUAGCUCUGACAUAUUUUGGCAUAUUCAUUGCUACAGCAAUCAAUGUUAUCAGACUUUACAAUGCCAAUAAUCUGAUAAAGAAGUAUUUAAAUCGAGAAAUGCCAUGUUUGUAUCAAUGGAGUGACUGGAGUACAUGCUCGGAAACUUGUUGGUCAGCGUCAAUGCCUACUCGUUCACGUCAUGUUAUUAAAAAAAGCAUUUUACACGCAAGUGGUAAAUUCCGCAGUUGUCCUGAAGGAAUUGAACAAAUGGUCGAAACGAUACCUUGCAAUGUUUACCGAUGCCCAAUGUUUCUGAGCUCAUUCAACUGGACCAACUGCAUCUACCACGAUUUAGCUUAUCGUGAAAAAGCUGGUUGCUAUCAGAUGCGCGACUUACCCACCAACAACCAUGACGAAAAAAAAUUAUUUGAAACUGUAGUACCUCACGGAUACGCUCACAAAUCAUCAUUAAUAGCAGCAGCUAUUGUGAGUUUUAACGAGCAAGAAUUAGAGCAAAAAACUCUCGAUGAAGAACCUGAGUUCAAAGAAGGUGACCUGACUAAAGAGCUAUCUGACCUCACUGAUGGAGGAGAAGUUGUAGUAUCUUGGACUUUACUUUCUGCGUGCGCGAUUGCAAAAUUAUCAAUGAUUGAGUCACCGUGUAUGUAUGAAUGGAGUCAUUGGAGUCAUUGCUCAAAAACUUGCAUGGAAGGCUCGUCAAUGCCAGUGCGAUCACGUCACGUAAUUGCAAAAAGUAUCGUUCAGGCAUGGGGCCGAUUCCCUGCUUGUCCAGAAAAUCUGGAGACACUUACAGAAACAAUGCCUUGCAAUAUAUAUCGAUGUCCAAUAUAUCUUAGUUCAAUCACCAAAUGGACACAGUGUUUUUACAAAGAUCCAUCACGAGGUCCUGCUGGUGGUUGCUACCGAAUACGCGAUAUUCCUACAGAAAAUCAACUCAUUUACGUGGAUACUAAUGAUGUUAUAAUGGAUUGCACAUGUCCUGACAUUAUGUUUUAA